CACACAUACACACGAGCGCGCGCGUCCCGCGCUCUGGAUGCCUCUCCGGGUUUAUCAGCGCGCGCUCUCCCGGGCUUCACGGUCAGUAGCCGCGCGCCCUGUGUGUGUGAUGGAGUGUGUGUGUGUGUGAUGGAGUGUGUGUGUGUGUGUGUGAUGGAGUGUGUCCCGUAGAGAGGAACCACAGCGGCACCGCGGGCAUGAAGGGGGGGAGAGGACCGGGCUUAGUGCUGCUGCUGCUGCUGAGCGCCGCGUGCGUCCCGGGGCAAGACCUACCGGAGCACAGGCGGGCCAUGCUGGAGGUGUCGACCAAUGGAAUUUGUCGCUAUGAGAACAGAGUGGACUGCUGUUGGGGCUGGACUCGAACGAGCUGGGGACAAUGCAGACCGGUGUGUGAGUUGGGCUGUAAACACGGCGAGUGUGUUGGUCCAGAUCAGUGUCGCUGUUAUAAGGGAUACACGGGCAAGACCUGCAGUCAAGAUGUAAACGAGUGUGGGCUGAAGCCGCGGCCAUGUAAACACCGCUGUAUGAACAUGGUGGGCAGUUAUAAGUGUUUCUGUCUCACCGGCUACAUGAUGACCAACGAGGGCACCUGCAGGAACGCCCGGACGUGUGCGAUGGCUAACUGUCAGUACGGCUGUGCGGUGAUGAAGGGAGAGGUCAUGUGUCAGUGCCCGUCGCCGGGGUUACAGCUUGGCCAAGACCGCAGGACGUGUAUUGAUAUUGAUGAGUGUGCACUGGGUGUAGCCAAGUGCCCAAGGUUCCGGAAGUGUGUGAACACGUUUGGCAGCUACAUCUGCACUUGUCACAAGGGCUUCGAGUUGCGCUACAUUAACGGCAAAUACCAGUGUACAGAUAAGAACAACCCCUGUCAUGAAAAUCCAAACGCCAAAAAGUGCAGAUGUAAACCUGGGGCCAGUGGGUGGAGCUAUGACUGCAAAAUUGUAAUUACAGUGAAUGUUGAUCCAGCCAGACCGUUUACAACACCCAGACCUACACCUAAAAUCACCACGACUACAGUCACCUCGCCUACCAGCCCAACAACCAAGAGACCAGCCAUGACAACCAUUACUACGACAACAACCACAACAACAACAUCACCACCCACCACCACCACAAUAACAACCACUAUCCCUACAACUACAGCACCAACCACUGUGGCUACAACAACAACAACAACAACUACCGUCCCUACAACAACAACAACAACUACCAUCCCUACAACUACAGCACCACCCACCAUCGCAACGACAACAGCACCAACCACCGUUCCUACGACUACAGCACCAACCACUGUCGCUACGACAACAGCAACAACCACCAUCCCUACAACAACAGCACCAACCACUGUCGCUACGACUACAGCAACAACCACCAUCCCUACAACAACAGCACCAACCACUGUCGCUACGACUACAGCAACAACCACUGUCGCUACGACUACAGCACCAACCACCAUCCCUACGACUACAGCAACAACCACCAUCCCUACGACAACAGCAACAACCACCGUUGCUACGACAACAGCACCAACCACUGUUCCUAGUACAACACCAACCAUGGUUGCUACGACAACAAUGCCAACCACCACCAUGGCAACAACCACGGCACUGGCAACGACUGUGCAGCUAAUCACCACGACGCUGGAUAACCAUAUACAGGAGAUCACACAGAGGCCGAGGGGGGAUGUACACAUUCCGAGGAAUCCGGAUCAGAAUAUCUUCGAGCUGGACUUUGAUGAUAUCGAGCUGGGGAACACGGCAGAUUUUGCACUUGAUGAUCCAGCUGCUGGCUCUUUGAGCUGCUCUUUUGAUCAGGGUGUGUGCAGCUGGAUGACGGAUCAGGACGGAGAUCUGCGCUGGGAAGCUGUAGCUGAUCCACAUGGUGGGCGGUACCUGACUGUUCCAGAGCCGAAGACGGGACGAACUUUAAAAGGCGCACGGCUCACAAUCCCCUUAGCCCCACCUGCUACACCUCCUUGGAAAGGAAGUGAUCUUUGCCUGGCCUUUAGGCACCGCCUCCAGGGGCUACUCAUUGGCUCAUUGCAGGUGUUUGUGAAAAAGGGGUGGGGCUACAGUCCUGCAGUCUGGACGAGGACAAGCGGACAAGGCUGGAGACACACCCAGAUCACACUGUGGGGGCGAGGCAUUAAAAGUGUGGUGUUUAAGGGAGAGAGAAGGAAGGGGCGGAGCGGAGAGAUCGCCAUUGAUGACGUGAGCAUACACAGAGGAGUGUGUAAUCACAGGGAUCCAGACUGAUGCACACACACACACACACACACACAAAGUAAUAUUCACAGAGGUGACCUCAGGUUUGGACUUUAACACCUGAACACUCCUCACGGUAGCCAUGGAUACAACAGGCACCAGUGCGGUUCUGUGCUUGGGUUAUUAUGGGAUGGACAUAUCGACAGUAGAGUGGGUUUUCACACCACAUGCACUGCGAAGCCAUACUGUGUGCUGGAGUCCAUAAAACACACACACACACAGACAGGACUUUGUAA